CCCAAACCCGCACACUCCGUUGCCCUAACCCUGAUACCAUCUUCUUUAUUUAUACAGAAAAUCAUAAAACCCUCUCACUAGUCCACUCCCGUCCCUGAAACUUACGCAUUAGAGAGGUUGAUCUAUUGAUUACUGAAGAAAAAUGGAGGGCGCAGUAGUUACAGCAGCACCCAAUCAGCUGCCGGUAGAGAAGAUUCACAGCGAUGUUAUGCUCUUUAACCGCUGGUCCUACGACGACGUUGAGGUCAAGGACCUUUCUGUUGAAGAUUACAUAACAGCAACAGCCUCCAAACAUCCGAUCUACAUGCCCCACACGGCCGGAAGGUACCAGGCCAAGCGGUUCAGGAAGGCCCAGUGCCCCAUUGUGGAGAGGCUGACCAACUCUCUCAUGAUGCAUGGUCGUAACAAUGGCAAGAAGAUGAAGGCUGUCUCCAUUGUCAAGCACGCCAUGGAGAUCAUCCACUUGUUGACUGAUGCUAACCCUAUUCAAGUUAUUGUUGAUGCUGUGAUCAACAGUGGGCCCAGAGAAGAUGCAACCAGAAUUGGGUCGGCAGGUGUUGUUAGACGUCAGGCAGUUGAUAUUUCCCCUCUUCGACGUGUGAAUCAGGCGAUAUACCUUCUGACGACUGGUGCUCGGGAAAGUGCUUUCAGGAAUAUUAAGACUAUUGCUGAAUGUCUUGCUGAUGAGCUCAUCAAUGCUGCAAAAGGUUCUUCCAACAGCUAUGCCAUCAAGAAGAAGGAUGAGAUUGAGAGGGUCGCCAAGGCAAAUCGUUAAGAGCCUUAUUAGUCAUCAUGAUCAACAGUUUCAGUUUUUACUUCAGUUUUAGGAUGUUGGAACAUACUGGGAGUUGAGGUUUUAGAUUAUGUUGUCAUGGACCUUUUGUUUAGCUAAAUUAUCAAUUGGAUCUGUUUUCUUCAUCAUGAAUUAUAUAUGUUUUGGCUGCUGAACACCUUUUUGGAUAUUAAUAUUUUGUUUAUUGCGGUUU